UAUUUGCGGGGAAUCGAGACCAGGCCAGCCCACAAACAGCUCCAAUCCGGAGGAAGAGUGACACCCCCUGAAAAGGAGGUGAGGGGGGAGGGGGGGCUGUUUGGCGGUUUUUGUUCAGGAGUUGGAAAUGCAAUGGGACGGCCGGAGAGAAAAGAUAGAAGCCAGCGAAAAGAACAGCGCAAUCGAAAUGAAGAGCAUGAACAGCAGUAAUUUUACGGGCAAGUUGGAUUUUGUCGAUGCGGCGGUGAAGGAACUGGACAAGUUGCAAAAAGGGCAGGACGGGACGGGACGGGAAAGUGCGGUGCAAAUUGUGGCCUGGAAAGACGGCGACUGGACAGCAGUCGUGCUGUGCAGCGACUUUGGCCCCGUGGUCGCGUUCAAAGGUGACGGCUUCGUUGGACUGGUUCCAAACCACGUUAGUGUUUGACGUUUGCAACACCUGGGGGGGGCCUUGAAGGCCAAUCGGGAGUCAUCGGUCAAAAAUCAACCCGACUCCGGGACUCUUCGCAGAACCUCGAUCUUAUUCUGCAUCGUGUCGCCUCCUCCCCUUUCGCCCAAUCACGGAUCGAUGGAGACGACGAGGCCUCGCGCCGGGUUAAUGAUUACACGGGCGCUCUCGACCAGCGCUUCGCUUCGGCCUCCUCCUCUCGCCAGCCCUCAGACGGCGCGAGUGAACCGAGCUUGGGACAGCAAUGUCAGAAAAGCGCGUGUGUGUGUCCGACUUUGAGGUGGAAGCCAGGAAGGUUCUUCCGAAAGCCGUCUAUGACUACUACAGCUCUGGAGCCGAGGAGCAGGUCACGCUGGCCGACAACGUGGCCGCCUUCAAAAGGUGGCGCCUGAUCCCUCGGGUGUUGAGGGACGUGUCCUCGGUGGAUCUGAGUGUGUCGGUGUUGGGCCGCAAGCUCAACAUGCCGCUGUGCGUCGCGGCCACCGCCAUGCAGAGGAUGGCCCACCCGGAUGGCGAGACGGCAACGGCGAGAGCCUGCCGAGCAGUGGGCACGGGGAUGAUGCUGAGCUCAUGGGCCACCUCCACAAUCGAGGAAGUGACGUCGGCAAUGACGAGCUCGCCUGGCGUCGGCGGUGUGCUGUGGCUGCAGCUUUACAUCUACAAGGACAGAGCGCUCACUCUCUCCCUGAUUCGUCGAGCAGAGGAGGCGGGCUGCGAGGCCAUCUUUGUUACCGUGGAUACGCCAUACUUGGGCCGGAGGCUUGAGGACAUGCGCAACUGCUUUAAACUGCCCUCCCAUCUCAGAUUGGCAAACUUCUCGACGGACUCCUUGGCUUUCUCGGAGGGAGACUACGGCAGUGACAGCGGCUUGGCUGUUUAUGUCGGAAAAGCCAUCGAUCCUGCUCUGUGCUGGGAUGACAUUACCUGGCUCAAGAAAAUCACACACCUACCUGUGAUUGUGAAAGGAGUGCUAACUGGGGAGGAUGCUGCCAGGGCCGUGGACUAUGGCGUUGAUGGCAUCUUGGUGUCCAACCACGGAGCUCGACAGCUGGAUGGGGUUCCUGCCACGCUUGAUGUGUUGGAGGAGGUUGUGGAGGCAACAAAAGGUCGCUGCGACGUCUAUCUGGACGGUGGAGUGAGGCGAGGGACCGACGUCCUGAAGGCGCUCGCCUUGGGAGCGAAGGCCGUUUUCAUCGGUCGGCCUGUGCUGUGGGGCCUCGCCUGCCAGGGGGAACAAGGGGUUCUUGCAGUUCUGCAACUUCUCAAAGAUGAGCUGAAACUUGCUAUGGCCUUGGCGGGUUGUCGCUCCCUAUCAGAGGUAAGCAGAUCCUUGGUCAGGAGAGUGGAGGUCACGUCAAGAAUUUAAGGUGAAUCACCACGGAUCACAUGGAUGACCGCUUUCUUGCUUUUCCGAGUCGGAUGAAUUUGAAAUCCGGUAAAACGUAUUUCAAGUCGACAUGAAAAUCUUUUGAAUUUGCCUUUUCUGUAGAAGUUUGUUUUCCAAUUGCAUGACAACCACGCCCAAUUCUGAUUGAAAGGUCGACAAAGAGGUUACGCAUUACUAUGUAAUAUCAAUGUUUUUUUUAAAUCAGUUAGCUGUAUCUAUCUAUCUAUCCCUCUGAAAGAAAACAAAAUUGAGACUGCUUGACUGCCACCAUUUAUUUCAUGAGUAACCCAAGGAAGGAAAUAAAUAACAACACAACAUCUAAAA